GACGUUUGAAGAUAUCUAAUCGAAACAGCUGGCUGUGUGUUGUGUGUGGAAAUUAAAUCUAAAUAAAAUUAUUAAACUUGACUUAUUUACAGCAAUAAAUCCUGUUUCUAACAUCUUCAUUAGUAGUACGUUUUUUCGGUGCGACGCCAUUGUGUCUUAAAUCAUCCGAGCUAUGAGUCACUAAUUUAAGCGAGAUUUGCGUUAACUUUCAAGGCUACCCUAAUAAAGAAUCAUUAUAAUUCGUAUGAUGGUGAUUACUUAACAUAAUGGUCGAGGAUAAUGAUCGUACGUACGGCAGGACUCCCAACAAGAAUACGUUGUUGAAAAUCGUGAUACUUGGCGAUGGAGGUGUGGGGAAAUCGUGCUUAAUGAGCAGGUUUAUAUCAAACCAUUUCGAUGACCAUAGCUUCCACACAAUAGGGGUUGAGUUCAUGAAUAAAACCAUUGAAGUGAAUGGGAAGGAAUAUACAUUGCAGGUAUGGGACACAGCAGGCCAGGAACGGUUCAAGUCCCUGCGGACGCCUUUCUACCGUGGCUCAGACAUCUGCAUUCUGGCAUAUGCAAUAGAUGACCGGAGCUCGUUCAACAAUAUCAAGAUGUGGCUGAACGAGUUCCUACACUACGCUGGCGUUAAGAACGGCAUUGAGAAGUUCCCAUUCAUGGUAGUUGGAAAUAAGUCCGACGUGCCUUCUAAGGACAGAGAGGUGCCUCACGAGGUACUGAAGCGGUGGUGUGAAGACAACAAGAUCUCCACGUACAUCGAGACCUCGGCCAAGAACGACAAUAACGUUGUCGAAGCCUUCUCCAUGGCUGUCCAGAGAUGGGUCGACUUAGAACAGAAGGCUGAACGUGAACUUGGUAUGUUGCACCAUCCAGACACGGUUACCUUACACGGUUCCAGUACCGCGUCCACCAUUCGAGCGACUUGCUGCUCUCGGUUCACGGACGCAUGAUUCGCUAUCGCGUGACAAGUCGUGGCUGCUUAGGACUUUGUCAUUCCGUGAGGUGCUUGGUAUUAAGAGUUUAUAGAUAUAUCAUUUGACAACUCCACAGCCAAUCAGAUGUUAUGAUAUAUAUAUAUUGAGUGUUGUGAUUGGCUGAGUCGUAUAUAAUUGCGGUGGAGUAGUUUUGGUGAUAUUACUAUGAAGAUACUUACCUAUAUAUUAUUUCGAAGCAUUCCUUAUGAUUAUAUUAUUUAUUUUUUUAUGUAUAUGGAAAGUUCAAUGUGGCACUAACAUAAGAAAAUGUUUAGACAAGGUUUUUAUAUUAGCCGAUAUAAAGCUAACAUAAAUAUGUUGAUUAAAAAUACGUCCUAAUAAUAGUUUUUUUUAGCUAAAACGUGUGUUUAAAUCGGGUUCCAGACUUAUGAAGCGCCAUUGUGAAAGACGAAUAAAGAGAGCUGUACUUUCCCUCGCACUAUCUCUUACUAUAUUCACUUCUCGCUCUAUCUAUUUAAUCGGUUUGUGAGGAGUCUGUCUGCUUGAUUAUCUAUUGACUGCAACAAUAAAGUAAAAUUAUAAAUUUGAAGUAUGUAUAGUUUUAAUUUCAUUUGUGACAGUGAUACGGUAUGCAAAUAUGUUGUAAUUUUUUUUCCUAAAUAGUUAUUUUGCGCGUUAUUUUUAAUUUUUAUUUCACACUUUCAAACGGAAAUCUAAAUUAAUACAAGGGCGUCGCCAAGUGCGGCAUAAGGGGCUGAUUCUAAAAAAAAAAUUGACAAAUGUUAAAAAGAAGCGGCAUCGAAAGUCCAAAAUCUCUCUCUCAAUUUUUUUAUUAUUUUUUAUUAUCUGUUGAUGUUUUCUCCGCCAUUCCUGGCUUGGAAAUCAUGUGCUGACUUUACCUACAAUUCUCAUUCAUACUUACUACUACUUACUUAUUACUACUUUUCUCAUUCAUUAUAAUGUCAACUUCCCUCCCUGGACCAUCGGUUGGCGACGCCCUUGUUUAGUUUGUUUGCAUUUACUUAUUAGAUUUGCGAGUGCCCCAAAUAUUAGUUUGUGUAUUUAUCAUAUAACCUAUUUGAACCUCAAACUGCAAACGACUAUACUUUUUAGGUAGUUUACUUAAAAAGGGUACAUAUUUUUACUUAAAAAAUACUUACAACAAACAGUACACUAUAUUGUGUCAGACCCUUGAGUGGGACUAAAAUGUUUUUGUUGUUAGCCUGUUGAUGUGUCCCACUGCUGGGCAAACGCCCUUCCUUUAAGUAAAAACAAAAAUCUAAUGAAAAAUUGGUUGUGAUCUAGUUCUUUUUUACGAAACAAUGAAAUUCCAUAUUUAUCGUUAACACGACAGCAGUUUUAUUUGAUAUAUAUCUAGAUGAAAUGUAAGAUUAAAUUGCAGUAAUAUCUUUGAUAACUAUUAUGAUAUACGUGACUUACCUCUUGUUAUGAUUGUCACGGUGGUUACACAACAUUGAUAACGUUUUACGAUGUCUUGUUAUAGUCUUAUUUCUGCGGUUAUUAUAAUUUGGACUACAUAUAAAAAAAAAUUAUCGGUAGUCCAAAUUAGGUUCAAAAUUCUAUAAAAUUUGACCGCCGCUUAUGUGAAUAUGAUAAUGAAAGUACCUUAGUAAGCGUACAUUUGCAUUCUUUUUUAUACAUAUGUUACACCGAAGUGCGGCUAGAUCUAGAUGCAGCCGGUCUCAGUUGGUUAAACCUGGGUAUAACCUACUUAUUUUGAACUAGAUCUAGGCUUAACUUUAUAAUUAAAUUAAACUAGGUGGAGCCAGUCGCAAGUGGUCACAUUUCGGGGUUUAGCCGUAACCUUUUCGUAAGGGAGCAAACCCCAAAUCGCGGGAAAAAAACCAUCUGAUCCAUACAUUUACCUCAAGUUAUUUGAUUUGAACAGCUGUUUGUUUUUUUUUUCAAGAUUUUGGGUUUGGCCCCAUACUGAACUGAGCAUGUAGCCAAUGUAUAAAAAGUCACCCAUUACCUCUAUAAUCUUAUUAAUUGAUCUUGAAUUUGUCGGAUUAUAAGCUACUUUGUGAUAAAAAAACGGACUAUAGGAAGUCUUAAGCUCUAUAAUCCGACAAAUUCGAUAGUCCGACACUUCUCUCACAUUGGUCGGAUUAUCAAGUCCUUUGUAUAUAGUUUCUGUCCCAAACAUAAUGUAUAAAUUAUUUAUAUACCAAAGAGAUUUGUAAAGGCUUUCUUCCAAAAUAUAUAGGUUAUAUUAAACGAAUCUCUAAUUAUAUAAUAUGGGAACUGCAAAGACAUAUCCAAAGAACUGGUUAUAAUAAGCGUAAUAAUUCGUGCGUUCUAUAUGUACAGUAUAUGAUUACAGGAUUUGUUUUAGUGUUUGAUGUAUCUUCCAUCUUGUUGUAAGAAAUAUGUAUAUCAUGCAGGCCAAUGAGCAAUCAGGUUAUUUGGUUCGGUUAGCGCUAUUGACCGUAGGAUGCACAGACAUUGGUAGAAAGUGUGUUACAUUAAUUAUUAUUGAACAGCUUUUAUUGUGAACAAACGUUAAAAUUUCCGAUUUAAUGCUAAAAUUGACCUGAAAUGAUUCCGUACUUAAAAUGAUUGGUAAAAUAUUGGAGAUCGUAAACCAAUUUUAUAAUAGAGAGAUGUUUAAACAGCUAAUAAAAUUCGUAGUUUAAUUUCAGUCGUUUUUUAAAAUACAUCGGGUAUGAUAGGUCCUUAUUUAUAAAACUUUUUAACACUUUCUCUUGUUUAUAGUUAAUAAGGUAUUAGCCGACUUAACGCACCUCUCCCACCCGACAAAAUUACGUUUAUUCAAAAAAAAGCUUUAAAGCGUCCACUGUAAGGUAUACUUCACAUUGGCAACGCGAUAGCUUGCAGUACACUAAUAAGCGUUUUUAUAGUUAAUGUUGUAAACUAUAUCUACGGUCGACGCUAUAAAGCUCACGUUUCAAUUAACAUAAUUUUCGUUGUUAGUGACUAUCAGAGAAAAUUAGCUUACUGAGCUACUUAAUGUUAGUAUCCAUAACCUCGUAGGAUAUUAUAGUUAGGUGACAUCUCAUUAGAUAAGAGUAUUAAGAAAAGUGAUUGUAAAUAAGUUAUUCCCACUAAGUGCCUAGCUUUAUAAUUUAUUAUUGAACUGAAAUGCAACACAAUAACAUUAAAAUAUUCAUUUGUAGAAAUGUUGUUCGUAAUAUAUUUUAAAAAAUGGGUCAUAGUUAAAGCAAAGCUUAUAUUUAUCGCCUUGGAAAUAUGUUAUUGAUUCUAAUAUUAUUGUAUUGAACUUCAGAUACCUUUGUAACAGAUGAAUAGUAGUGAAAAAUCUAGAUGGAUCCUUCUUCAUAGUCGUAUUCCUCAUGGCUGAGAGUCGUGAUCAUUACGUGGAAUGAAGCACACACAACUUUCUUGGCAUUAUUAAUGGAGUGGUCUAUAUUAUAUAAAUUUUGUAUACGCAAUUUGAAAUGUUAAGAACACCUAUGUCUAGUAGCAUGUCAGCAAGCCUAUGAAUGAUAUGCAAUAUAAGCCUAAUGAACAUUGAACAAAUUUAUGAUUUAUUUUGUAAUGCUCACAUCCAUGUGCAGUUGUAUUACCUAUCAUAGCUAGAAGACUAUUGUCAGAUUUGGCAUGUUUUGACACUCCUGACAAUCAAUCAAUUCACAUUGGUAUUCCAGUAUUCCUAGACUAUCUCAGAUACGUACCUACCUUUAAUUUGUGAUGUUUAUUCAUGAAAAAAUGUGUCAUAAUUUACUUUAUAUUCUUAUAGAGAUAAAAUAAAAACGUCCAUUUUUAACAAAACUUCAAUCCACAAUUAGCACAAUGUGUGAUGUGAAAACGUAGUGGCCUAUAAUAUAAUAAUGAUAAUAAAAUAAUGUAAUAUGUUUGUACCACACGAAAAAACGAACAUUUCUAUCUGUCACUCAUACAGACAUAAUGUCGACAUGAAGUUCGAACAACAGAGCAUUGUGGCAUAAUACAAUUGUUGUGACUAAACAAGCGAUUCAAGUGGUAUCACGUUAACUUUUUAAAAUUUAAACAUUUAAAAAAAUUAACACAAAAUAUUCUAAAUAAUCCGAUAAGUCUGUGAUUUUUUCAUAUUAAAUUUUGCGGUUAAAUGUUUUUAUGAAUCUAGACUAAGAAAUGUAUUUAUUUUAUGGUUGAAGUCUGUAGUGAUAAUUAGUUUUUUUUUUUGUAUAAUGCUUUCCAUAUUAUUAUUGAAACCUAGGUAUUGUACACUAUUUUAUCUAUAGUAUUGUGUAUUGUACUUGCCGGUUACACUGACACAGGUUUUUUUCAUGGAAAUUAUAUCUUUACUUGGAAGUGCUUAAUAUUUUUACAGUAUGUAAAUAAAGGGUUUGUUAAUGCA